AUCUAACUGUCUUCUCACCCACGUCCCAAGUCGCCCCCUUACAACAACUACUUCGAAGUUGACGGACGCCUGGAACAGACGGGCAUCGUCGGCGGUUUCCAGUCGGCCGUGCUUCACUCGAUGAACGUGAGUUACGACAUCGUGCUUGGAGACGAGCACGGCACUCGGUAUCCGAACGGGACUUACCGCGGAAUUUUCGGCAUGGUGCAGAGAGGGGAAGUCGACAUGACGUUCUUCACGUACCCCGUAAACGAGUACCUGGUGAAGGACUUCCACUCGGUCCCCGUCUUCCGGUUCGACCCCGUGUCCAUCGUCAGCGGAAUGAAGCGCCUGUACGUGGAAGAUGACUUCGCCAUUUCGACUACGUUCGAACCAAACGUGUGGUUGUCCAUCCUCCUUUCCUGGAUUGGAGUGACUCUGGUCACGUGGCUUCUCAGCAUGUACCAGAGCGGCGCUCAACAACAGCGCGCCAGACUGUCUCUCACGGGGCAGUUCUUAUCCUAUUUCGAAGUGCUACUCAUGAAUGCGACCAGCAUGCCCCUGGACAGCGACCCCGUGCGCCUGGUGUUUCUGGGUUGGUCGCUGGGCUGCCUUUUCUUGGGCACUCUGCUCUCCGGAGCCAUCAGGGGCAGCCUGGUGGUCCAGGUUCCCGCGCCCAGGAUCAACAGCGUCCGAGACGUGGUCCAACGGGAGCUGGAGGACCCGCCCAUGACGCCGUUCACGCUCAAGAUGGGCUUCAUCGAGAGCGGCAUCGGUGAGUCGACGCUGGAAGAAUACCAAAUCAUGCACUCGCUGAUGCUGCGUCGUGGCGGCUACAUCCCCUCCUACUGGGACCUGUUCUCGCCGCGCGUCUUCGACGCCAUCAUGGAAGGCCGGGCGGUGCAACUUAGCAAUGAGGUGGCCUUCUCGGACCGGCACGAAGUCGCCUGCUCGAAGCCAGGCAGGCACUUCCACGUGGGCAGCGAGCCCGUCAUGCACAUGUGGCUCGCCUGGUACUCCAACAAAGACACGCUGCCCAGCCGCUUCCUGGUCGCCAUGACCAAAAGGACGCAGUGGCUGAUAGAGUCCGGCGUCCAGUUCUACCGCGAGGAGCAGUUAGUGUCCCGCCUUCGCAGCUGCAUCAUCGAGACUUCUAGCUCCAGGAGUCUAACCCAUGAGGCCCAGCAGCUGUCCCCCAGAGACAUCAGGACGGCCUUCUACUUUUUCAUGGCUUGCAACGGAGUCGCCUUGCUCGUCUUCGCCGCCGAGUGGUUCGCGGGCCGCGCGAAAAACCGGUCUGGCUUGCGCACAACGCGUACAAGAAUUCCCAUGCUUCCUUUGAACCAGUAAUUGGAUUAAUGUCCGGAGCUACAAAUAUAUAUGUUGUCUUGUUGGUCUACGAAGUAACAGGAAGACUUCCGUGGAAUUUUUCCUCACGUGCUGUAGACAUUAGUGCAUAAGGCACUAUCCCACCGUGCGUUUAUAGAUAGCUUGACAACUUCAAGGUUUUAGAGUGAGCGAGAUCCCCUUUUGGUUAAGACAAUGCAUGGCAAAAACACAAGGUUUGAAACACUGUGGAAUCACCCGAGCCGGGAAUAAACUUGUAAACCGAUGAAAGUUUGUAAUUGUGUUGGCCAUUGUUGAA